CGGUGACAAACGUCGGCGCACAUGUAUUCACGUUGCGUUUAAACGUUACUUGUUCGUACUUCGUGACUUACAAACUUGGACUGUGAAGCUUAUGUGCAGUGAUGAACGUUGGUUGUUAAUUGGUUUAAUUAUUAUACACGAUACCUGAAUGCAAUGCAAUUAUGGCAAUCGACGGUAAACCAGAUGAAAAGUCACUUAAAGUUACUAAAGGCAAUAACUUAAAUUUAAAUAACACGAUUAAGAAUGGCAUAACAAAUAGCAAAAUAGAAAAAAUACAAAAUGAAAAACAAAAACAGGAUCACACAGAUGACUGGGGCGAAUUAGAUUUUGUUCAAAAAACAAAGCGAAUGAUAUCUCUAAUCACAGUAGAGCCAAUUUUAGCAUGCUAUGUAAUGCCCUCAGUACUCUCUGCAUUAGCAACUCAAAAUUUGUAUUUAGAGAAAGCCUGUAGAGUUAAUUUGGCAUAUGAUCAUCAUAUAUGUGACGCUUUAACUCGAAGAGAGACUCAGAACUAUACACUAGAAGAAGAAACUGUGCAAACAUUAGUCGCCUCGGUAGCAGGAUGGAAAACCGUAUUGCAAUCGUUCUUACCUUGUGGAAUUUUAAUAUUCCUUGGUGCGUACAGUGAUAGAGUGGGACAGCGAAAAUUCUGUAUGCUUCUGCCAAUAAUUGGAGAAUUUUUAACAAGUGUUGGUCUCAUUGUAAAUACUUAUUUUUUCUAUGAAUUACCCGUGGAAGUAGCAGCAGUAACAGAAGCAAUAUUUCCAGCUUUGACUGGGGGUUGGUUUACGAUGUUCAUGGGAGUAUUUAGUUAUAUAGCAGACGUGACCACGGAAGAACAAAGGACGUUGAGAAUCGGCAUAGUGAAUCUAUUUUACUCCUUAGGAGUACCAGUGGGUGCAGCUCUUAGUGGAAUAUUAGUGAGAAAAAUUGGUUUAUAUGGUGUUUUCUCCCUUAGUGCAUUUUUGUAUCUUAUAAGUUUCUUCUAUGGAUAUUAUCGGAUUAAAGAAGUGAAGAAACCCGUUGAAACCAAGACUACUAGUUGCUGUCAAUGGCUAAAGGUGUUCUUUGAUAUACGGUAUGUGAAGGAAACUCUCAUGGUGGCAUUCAAGCAAGGACCGAAUAAUAGAAGACUACGAGUCAUUAUGCUAGUGAUUGUGUUAUGUGUCGUUAUUGGACCUAUUUACGGUGAGAUGUCUGUGAUGUAUUUAUUCACUAGGUAUCGAUUCAACUGGAAUGAAGUCGAUUUUAGCAUGUUCUCAACUUACGCAAUGUGUACUUCUUUGGUUGGAACUUUGUUUUCCGUUGGAGUUUUCAGUCAUCUGUUAAAGUUUGACGACGCAAUUAUUGGAGUAAUAUCUUGUAUGAGCAAAAUUUUAUCCGGGUUUAUGUAUGCUUUUGCUACAACAACUUGGCAAAUUUAUAUUGCUCCAUUGGUCGAGAUUUUCAAUGGAACAUCAUUUAUAGCGAUGAGGUCUAUGGUGUCAAAAUUAGUAGAAAGGGGCGAAUUAGGCAAAGUGAAUUCAUUCUUCGGUUUGGCUGAAGCUAUGAUGCCACUGGUAUAUGCUCCCAUGUAUACCACAGUAUACACAGCCACGAUAAAAAGUUUCCCAGGAGCAUUUUUCCUUCUUGGAGGAGGACUUACUGUACCAGCAGUUGUUAUAUUCUUAUGGUUGUACUUAGCGAAUAAAAAACAAAUCAAAGCAGAAGAGGCUACUGCUGCCAAGGAAAACGUGGCCAGAACAGAAGAAACCCCAGAAAAAACAGGACUCGAGAAUAAAGCUUUUGAGACUGACGAAAUUGUAAGCAGUGACAAUAAGAAAGUACAAAAUAUAAACACAACUCAGGCGCUCAAUGAGAAAGCAAACGAUAAUAUUAAUCAAUCUCAAAUAGAAAUGGGAUUUACUGAAAGCAUGCUUUGUACUAGUAAACUGUAG